AUGCCUCCCAUCGUGCACUGCGUUCGCCACGCCCAGGGCGUCCACAACAUCUCGGUCGCCAACCACGUCAUCCACGACCCCCUCCUGACGGACCUGGGCAACGAGCAAUGCCGCCAGCUGCGCGAUCGCUUCCCCUUCCACGACCGCAUCGACCUGGUGACGGCGUCUCCCCUUCGCCGCACCAUCUACACCGCCCUGCAGAGCUUCGAGCCCGUCUUCCAGCGCCGCCCGGAUCUGAAGCUGGUCCUGCUGCCGGACGCCCAGGAGACGAGCGACGUGCCCUGUGACACGGGCAGCGACCCGGCCGACCUGCGCCGCGAGAUCGACGCCAAGCAGCUGCCCGUCGACGCCGAGUACGUGCACGACGGCUGGAAUAACAAGGAGGGCCGGUACGCGCCGACCACGCACGCAAUCAAGGAGCGCGCCCGCGCAUGCCGGCGCUGGCUGAAGGCGCGCCCGGAGAAGGAGAUUGUCCUCGUCACGCACGGCGGAUUCCUGCACUACUUCACCGAGGACUGGGAGGAUAGCAGUAAAUUCCAGGGCACCGGCUGGACCAACACCGAAUACCGCACAUACACCUUCUCCGCGGAGGAGCACACGGACGACCUGGAGGGCUACCCGCUGGACGGCGACAACGCCACCCUCGUCGAGACGCUGGAGUCGCGCCAGCGCCGCAACAAGGCCGGCCCCAUGCCCGACCGCGACCAGCAGCGCGUGCUGUACAGGCUCGGCACGCAGGGCUGGGAUGACCAGGGGCUGCAGCUGAGCACGGCGGAGCGCGAGGCGGCCAAGGUGUCGGAGGUCGGCGGCCCGAAGAUGUGA